UCUAUGCGGCAUCCCCGAGCCACGAUUGUAAAAAAAAAUAAAGAAGUUUUUUAUCAAGGACUGUCUACUGUCUAGUCUUCAUGACGGACGUACCACGUACGUAGUUUUAGCCGACCGUCCAGUAGUCAACAAAAAUUAGAUUUGAAAUUUUGAAAUGGAUUUCUUUAGAGACAAAAUAAAAAUGUUGUCCUUUUGGGCUGUGGCAGACGGCAGCAUAGUUUAUAGGUCUACGGACGGCAGUGGUGGCACAGAAAUCAAAUAACAGAUUUACAAUUAAUAUAAAAUAUCUUCGAAUACUUUUGAUCAUAACAUUAUCACAGAAUGUGAUAAUACUACAUUAUUAUUUACCCAUGGUAAAGUUUACAUUUAAUAAUUCAACUCUAAUUUCGUACCAAAACACAUGCCUGUGCAAUCAUCGGAUGCAAUUACUCUUGAUCGUUUCAUUAAAGAACAUAAAAAAAUCCUUGUAUUAACUGGUGCAGGAAUAUCAACUGAAAGUGGUAUACCUGAUUAUCGUUCUGCUGAUGUCGGGUUGUACGCAAGAAGUAAAAAUCGCCCGGUAAUAUAUCAACAAUUUAUUAAAAAUCCAGAAGUACGUGUACGUUAUUGGGCUAGAAACUAUGUGGGAUGGCCUAGAUUUUCAUCAAUGUCGCCUAAUUAUGCACAUAAGUUUUUAAAGAAUUUGGAAGAUAAAAACAAAAUUGUUCAUAUAAUUACUCAAAAUGUUGAUAACUUGCAUACAAAAGCAGGAAGUAAAAAUGUUCUUGAAUUGCACGGAACUGCAUAUGUUGUACAUUGUUUAAAAUGUGAUUAUACAAUCGAUAGACAUAAAUUUCAAGAUGUUUUAUCAAGUUUAAACCCUCAAGUUUCCAUUAAAGAGUUGUACAGUGUCAGGCCUGAUGGUGAUGUUGAACUCACUCCAGAAGAAAUUGGCGGAUUUAAGGUUCCUGAAUGUCCAAAAUGUGAAGGAAAUUUAUUAAUUCCACGCAUUGUUUUUUUCGGAGACAACAUUCCAAAAAAACGAGUUCAGAGGGUGAAUGAUUUUGUGGAAGAAUGUGAUUCACUUCUGGUUAUGGGUUCAUCUCUAUUUGUAUAUUCAGGUUAUAGAAUAGUAUUAGGAACAAAAUCUGCUAAUAAACCUGUUGCUGUGGUAAAUAUAGGGCCAACUAGGGCUGAUGACUGUGUGGAUUUUAAAAUUGAAGCAAGAUUUGGUGAAAUAUUACCAUUGUUAAGUCCUUAAUCUAUCUUUAAGAUUUUACUAUUAUGACCAUUAUAUAUUUUUAAUAAAAAUGUUUUGUUUUUA